AUGAAGGUUGUCGUCGCUGCUGUCUCCGCCGCUCUCUUGUGCGUCAGUGCCUCCGCUGGUCCGAUCGAGAAGCGUGCUCACCUCGGCCUCACCUUCGUUCCUCCUUCUACUUCGCCUCUGAGCCAGUCACAAAAUUACGUCGGACACAACAAUGCUUCGCUGCCCAAGCGCGAGGUUGUGCCUGGUAAAGCAUUCGACCGUAUCAUCCAGAUCUGGCUGGAAAACACUGACUUCGAGGCUGCCAUCUCGACGCCGGCCUUGCAAGCUCUCCUCCCCGAUGGCGUUCUCUUCGACAACUACUACGCUGUUACGCAUCCCUCGGAGCCCAACUACAUUGCUUCGGUAGCUGGUGACUUUUUUGGCCUUGGCGAUGAUACAUUCAACCAUAUCCCCUUGAACAUCACCACUGCUUUCGACCUCCUUGAUGACGGUGGCAAGAACGGCAAGCCUAUUUCGUACGCGUGCUACCAGGAGAACAUGCCUUAUGACGGAUUUACGGGCUUUAACUACUCCUCUAAGAACUAUGUUACUCCAGGAGCGCCUGACUACACAUACUACGUUCGAAAACACAAUCCGUGUGCGAUCAUGGACUACAUCAGCUCAAACCAGUCGCGUGCGAUUUACAACCGCAACUUCAACGACCUUGCUGCCGACAUUGGCAACGAUGUCAUGCCUCAAUGGAACUUCAUCACCCCAAACAUGGUUAAUGAUGGCCAUGAUACGACAGCCGCCUUCUUCUCCAACUGGACUAGCUAUUUCCUUACCCCGAUGCUUAAGGAGCCCAAGUUCAACAACAACCGUACGCUUGUUCUGCUCACGUUCGAUGAGAACGAUAGCUACUCGGCUGCCAACCGCAUCUUCACGAUUGCUCUCGGAGGAGCGGUUCCUUCGAGCCUCAAGAACACUACAGACCACACCUACAUGACGCAUUACUCGGCUCUGUCGUCCAUCGAGGCCAAUUGGAAUCUGAAAUCGCUCGGUCGUGGCGACACGAACAAAACCAUGGCCAACGUCUUCCCCUUUUGGGCCGAGCUGUUUGGCUACCAGAAUACUCAGGUGGAUGAUGCCGAUAUACCCAUGACGAACCUGACGGGGAUCUAUGCAGGCCCGUUGAGUGGCACUGCGAACACGUUGUUCUAUGCACCUGUAGAUGUCAAGGUGAUUGGUGCCGGUGGUCAGCCUGUACUGGUCAAGAGUGGUCUCAACGUUUCUCAGACACUUGCUACGCUCGUCCAGACCAACUUGACGGCCUUGAACCAGAAGCCUGUCUGGGAGACUGAUCCUGGCUACAAAAACACCAACGUCUCUACUGGUUCUGGGUCCGGUUCGCAAUCCGGCACUUCGACUGCUAAGCCGAACGCUGGUGUGAAACCUCUGUUGGCCACAAGUGGCGUCUUGGCUGCUGCCGUCUUUGCCAGUGUCGCGACGCUCGUGUGA